AUAGGAUUAGACUUUCGAGCAAUCCUAAAUUGGAUCGCGACAUGGAGAUGACGGGGCGAGUUGUAUGGACAGGGUCUUCAAGCAUGCAGAUAGAUUUAGAGGUGCAUGCAUUGCCUGAUGCCAAGCCUUGGAUAAGUGCAUCCUUCACAUUUGUAGCCCGGCACCCUCAGACGGCUAAAGCAACGGCCAUCAACAAGUUGAAGCCGGAGAGUGCCGCAGAGAGGGAAACAUUCUCAGCAGUGGAACAAAAAAAUCAACGCCGUAAGACAGUGCGCAAGGCAAAAGGGACAGAAGGCAGCCCGUCCCUAAAAUCGGGAGCGGUGGACGUAGAGACCAUGAUAAAAUUGU